CUGCUUUCGAACGCCCACUCAGAUCAGCUGUUCACAUAUCGCACAUAGAUACGAACAUUACUGCUUUGGAGAAAGUGAAAUUUUUGCACACGGCACAGUGUGGAUAGAUUACUUGUCGAGUUAUCCUCUUCACUGUCCCAUCUCUUGGCGAUCUGCAUCUGCCUGUUUCUCUAUUCUCCAUUCCAACACAUUUCUGAAAUUUAAUCAGCAUGGCAGACGAAGCAGACGAACGCGCCCGCCGCCGUGAAGAACGCAGGAGAAGAAGAGAAGCCGAAAAGGCUGGUGAAGCUCCCGCUGAGGAAGGAGAUGAAGCCCCUGAAGAAGCUCCAGCUGAGGAAGCACCCGCUGAAGAGGCCCCAGCUGAAGAACCAGCUGCUGAAGAGGCCCCAGCUGAAGAAGCACCUGCCGAAGAGGCCCCAGCUGAGGAAGCCCCUGCCGAAGAGGCCCCAGCUGAGGAAGCCCCUGUUGAAGAGACCCCAGCUGAAGAACCCCCUGCCGAAGAGGCCCCAGCUGAGGAAGAGCCAGCAGAAGUGCCAGCACCUGAGCCAGAACCUGUGGCUGAACCUGAACCAACGCCUCCACCACCAGAAGAGAAGAAACAAGAAAAGAAACCCCAACCUGUGCCUGAGAUUGCCCCAGUGGUGAGACAGGAAACAGAUGCAGAACGAGAGAUGAGGGAAAUGCAGGAAAAGAGAAAGCAAGAACAAGAUGUAAUGUUGGCAGAGGCCAUUGAACAACUACGUAAAGAUAGAGAAGCAUUAGCUGCUGAAUUGACAGCACUUCGUGAAAGACGAGAGAAACGUAAAAUUGAGAGAAAAGAGAGAGACCGUUUGGCUCUUGAGAGAGAGGAAGCAAAGAGAAAGAAAGCAGAGGAGGAAGCAUUGAGACGCAAAGAAGAAAUGGAGGCUAGGAAAACUGCUGCUCAGAAUAAACGACGUGCUCGUGAGCAGACUCGUCAAAUGCAGUUUCAAGGUAUUGGCCAACAUCUUGGAGGUUCUGAUAUCAAGGGCGCAAUCCAAAAGGCCAAAGCUUCUACCAAGAGUGCAGUGGAAAAAGAGGAAGAAAAACAGAAAGUCAUGGCUGAAAGAAUUCCCAACUUGAUGAUUGGAGCAAUGACCAGUCCUGAACGUCUACGAGAGUAUGCAAAUGAUUUUAAGGGAAAAUUGUCUGAAUGCUUGGGAGCAAUUUAUGAUAUGACCCAAAAGCAGAAGCGCCAGAAAUAUGAUAUUCAUGAACUAACAGAGCGUUUUAAGGACAUGCAAAAGAAUCCUAAGAAGGAUGUCGCUAAACUAAUGGCGAGUACUGACAAGAAAAGCAAAUUCACAGAGGAGUUACAAGCAGAGCCUGUUCAUAAGGAGAGACCAGUCAUUAGGGGAGGAAACGUGAAAGGCACAUUGGAUAAAAUUAUGACAGCAGGAGGAGAGGAAGAAGAGUAAGGGAGUGAGAACCUUGGUUCUCCUAAG